AUGAACUCAAAGGCAGAUCUUAAAUUAGCUAGAGAAGCGAUUGGUGCCAAAAAAUAUGGUGAAGCCAUACGAGCAUGUAAAAGAGUUCUCAUGUGGGAGUCUGGGAACUACAACGCUCUGGUCUUUCUAGGUGUUGCACAUGCUAAUCUGGAUGAAGACGAAGAUGCCGAGGAAUCUUAUAAACGUGCCAUCGAGAUUAAUGAUACUCAGAUGCUGGCCUGGCAAGGACUUCUUAGUUUUUAUGAAAAACGCGGACGCUAUAAGGACGUCGUUAAUACUAUCAAUCACCUAUUACCACGUGUGGUGAAAAGUGGGGAAGGGAAUCGACUGGCAGACUAUUUGAAUAAACUUUUGGAUAUUUAUGGAUCAAAAGAGAAAGAUGAAGAAAAGUACAUUGAGAUUAUGAAAUAUUUCCUUCCAGGAAGCAAAUACUAUGAUUUAGUCAAAACUGCAUCCGACAUUCCUCAUCCUUUGGAUAUCUGGAAAACGCUUGUUGCAAAGACAGAGGAUGAAGAAGCUAAACUGAUCGAGAGCAGAAUACAUUCUCGCCGUUUUAUGGUCAGUGCAGGCCCCCUUAGUCAAGUCACAGCAGAAGUGGAGGCGCAAGUAUAUGGAAAUUCAAAGUUGGGAGAAAUGUAUGAAACAAUGUUGAGCCUCAAUCCGAACAAUAUGGAAGAGCUGCAAAUCAAGUUGCUGAACUUUUGGCGCAAGAAACUAGCUGGUGUACCAGACAAGGCUGAGCUAUAUGAAAAAAUAGCUAAGAUGGCUAAAACAUUGGUUAACCUGAAAGCAAAAGAUCCUCUUCCUUAUGAAUUGAUUAUUGAGAUGUCUGAUGUUGAAAAUGCUGACCAAUACGAUGAGGACAUAUUGACAUAUUUAUGCGAAAAUUAUCCUGAAACGGGAUUGGCUAAAUUGGCCCAAGGUUACUCUCUUUAUAAACAACAGAAAACUGACGAGGCAUUUGAUUUUUUUGGGGAUGGCUUGGAUCUGUCUCCCCGAAGCUUGUACGGUUAUCAAUGCCUGAGUCAAAUAUAUUAUGAAUCUAAAGAAUUCGACAACGGUUUGGAAUAUGCCACCAGAGGACGUGAACUUGUUAAUGAACUUGCAAAGGAAACUGGGAAGAUUUUAAAGAAUGUAUUACUUUCUAUGGAACUUUUCAUGGCUCAUUGCUACCGUCAAUUAGACGCUAAAUACUAUCCUGAUGCUAUGAAGUUAUACAAGAAAAUCUUAGAUACAUACCCUGACCAACUAAGCGCACUAGAGGGCUCUGGAUUGAUUCUUUGCUCAGAUAAGAAAUAUGAUGAAGCACUUGUAUGUUUUGAAAAGGUUUAUGCGUCAGACCCCACCCGUCAUAUUGCACUUGCAGAAAUUGGGUGGAUUUACUGCGAAAAAGAAGCGUAUGAAAGGGCCAUAGAAUAUAUUUCAAGUGCAAUUGAAAAAUCUGGGGAUGUCACAGAAUACUAUUACCGACUUGGUCGUGUUUAUUGGGCUAUGGGUGGAGAAUAUCAACAAGAUCCAGGCUAUGCGUUCAAGUACUUUUUACAAGCCGCAAAAAUCGAUCCUCAGUUUGCUGGUGGUUUCGCAUACUUGGGCCAUUAUUAUCGAAUUGUUAAGCAUGAUCAUACUCGUGCAAAGAAAUGUUAUCAAAAGGCUUACUUGAUUAAUCCUUUGGAUGUUGAUAUUGCUUUUCAAUUGAGUGAAUACUACAUUUCUGAUAAGGAAGGGUCCAAAGCAGAGGAAAUAUUUAGACAAAUCACAGAGCUGGUACCAAAAACUAGCUGGGCCUGGAGGCGACUGGGCUAUGCAACAAUGAAUGUAGAUAACUACUCAGAGGCCAUCACUUGUUUCCAAAAGGCUUUGCGUACGGACACAAGCGAUGUGCGUUGUUGGGAAGGUCUCGCAGAAGCGUAUGCUCACGAAGGCCGCUAUGUUGCGGCUUUGAGAGCUUUUGAAAGAGCUACUGACCUCGAUCCUCUAUCAAUACAUGCUAAUCAUCAAAAGGCGCUUGUAAAGCAAAAGGUUGGCAUGCUUGAAGAGGCUAUCUCUGGUUUUCUCGAAACUCUUGCCUUGGCAGAAAAGAAAUAUCAAAGUAGUUAUAUGCCUAGUAUUCUAGGCUUGGCAGAUACUUAUCUUGAUCGUGCCAGAGAAGAUUUCCAACAGGGAUUCUUUGGGCGUACUGCUACCGAAUGUGGACUGGUUAUCCAGACUGCCUUGACUGGUUUACAACAAGAUCCAAGUGUGAUGUGUUUGUGGAAACUUAUUGGUGAUGCAUGUGUUAUGUACCGACUUGUUCCAAGUUAUCUGAGCUUGUGCGCAUACGAACCUUUACAACAGGCCAUGCUACUUUUGGAAGAGAGCCCUCAUAAAAAACUUGGGCUCCCUGAAGACGAAAGUUCCAAACUGGUCGAUGACUUUACACAACUUGAUGUUUCUCCUGAAGAAGGAGAAUUCUACUUGCCACCAAAGACUGUUCUUGACGUUGUAUACUCCUGUGCAGGAGUUUCCUACAAGCAAGCAAUUGUUCUCUGCAGAAAUCAUCCGGCCAUUGCACCAGCAUACUGGCACGAUACUGCUCUCGUGUACCACUGGAUGGCUGAAAAUAAUCUUGCGGAAGCCACUCAUGAUGGGUUGUCUGAUAUGGCAAUCAAAUGUAUUCGGAUGGCACUGAAGAUCGAACCAGCUCAGUAUCUUUAUUGGAACGCUCUUGGUGUAAUUUCGAUGCGUAGAUAUCCCAAACUGAGUCAGCAUGCUUUGAUUAAAGCUAUGGAGUACAGUAACCGAAGUGCUGCACCCUGGACAAAUUAUGGAUUUUUGUGUCUGUCUCUCGAGGAUUACGAGUUGGCAAAUCAGGCUUUUGAGACUGCGCAUUCCCUGGACCCUGAAUGGAUAUCUGCUUGGGUUGGACAAGCUUAUGUUGCUUCUUUGUGGGGGACUGAUGCUGCUGCUAUAUUUGAGCAUGCUUUUGAGUCAAGCAAUGGAUCAGCUCUGGAAGCCAGUUAUGGCUAUGCGGAUACUGUGUUCACACAACUGUCUGUAACGGGCAAUGCACCUGAUGGUGCAAGUCUUCUGUCCCCUGCAUUUGCGCUUCAGAAAUUAACAGAACAGAAACUGAAUGACGCCUUGGCACUCAAUUUGCUUGGUCUUUUAUUGGAACGUCUUGGACAGUUUGAGCGGGCUGCUGAAGCAUUUGCGGGUGCUAUUCUUGCCCUGGAAACUCAGGCUGAGCAAGGCCGUAUUGGUGAGAUCGAAUUGAAGAAGCGGAUGACCAAGGUGCACGGUAACUUGGGACGCACAUUGUGCGCCAGUGGUGACUUUUCUGGUGCUAUUGCAAGCUACAACAGUGCAUUGGCUAUGGGUGGGACUGAAGGGUCAGCCCGCACCUAUUGUCAGUUGGGUGCUGGUAUUGCCUACUAUUUUGAAGAUCAGUUGGAAGAAUCACUUGGCAUGUUUGAGACUGCUUUGAAUGAAACAGAAUCAGAUCCAUUAUUGCGACAAGAUGUUGUUGUUCUACUAAGCAAAGUUCUUUGGGCACUUGGUGGUGAUGAACAGCGGGAAGUUGCCAAAGAGCAACUAUUCUCAAGCAUUGCGGAUAAUCCAAACUAUUUGCCUGCGAUCUUCUCGCUUUGCGUCAUGGGCAUGUUAGAAGAUGAUUCUACACUGACUGGUGCAGCAUUACAGGAACUGGCAAAGGUGUCAGUUAGCGAUGCAUUCGAAUCUGAUAAAGAACAGUGGAUUCCUUGGUUGUUUUCUCGCUUCUACAAACUCCAGGGCUCCCAAGCUCAGGCUAGUCGGUCGAUUGCAAAGAGUGUUCAUCAGCUUCCUUGGCUUGCAUUGCUAUGGAGAAACUUGGCUUCUGAUCUAGUAAACUCUUCGUCGGAUUCACGUGGAAAUGUCCUACAAACUAUGACGUCUUCUGCACUGGCCAUUACUUUAGGAGAAAAGAAUCCAUCGGCUGAAGAUAAGGCAAUUGCAUACGAAUGUGUAGCUAGAGCAAGUAAAGGACAAAAGGCUAUACGUGAGUCACAGAGGGCAAUCAUGGCUGCUCCUUGGCGUUUGAGUUCUUGGCAGAUUUUAGCAACUUCUAUCCAAUAAUACCAAUAAUUAAUUACUGUCAUUAUUACUAUCAUCAUUAUUUUAAAGAGAGAGAAAAUAAAGAAAAAAGCUGUGGUGGUUAAACGG